UUUCGCCAGGUUUCACAAAUAUUUUCGCAAUAAACGUUAGUAAGGUUUAGUUCAAAAAUAACAUACGCGCUAUAUAAAACCAGCUAAUUAAUUUAUUAAGUUGCAACUACCGUAUUUUUGCUACAAAUUUAAUUGCAUUUGUAUUAGCUUCGCUGAGACUGGGGGGGGGUCCAAACGACACCAAAUGAAAUAUACGUUUUGCGACAUGUUUAGAGCGAUGAAAGUUUGCUAAGCUGGCACCGAUCGCCGAACUUAUUUUUGUGCCAUCCAAUGUAAACAAGUGUGAGAUCCGCAAUUCCUAACACAUUUUACUACGAUACAAUCGUCAACAAAAAAAACCAGAUUUUGGGGAAAAAAACUUUUGGUUGUUCAUUACUAAAUGGUCCGAUUGCUCCAAGGAAAGUAGAGUGCUUUUGUCAUGGCAUUGGCUGGUCUAGGCAGAAGAAGGAGUUCAUCAAUAAAAAAGGAAUUUACGGAAAAGGAACUUCAAGAAUUAAGAACAGCGUUUGACCUAUUGGAUCGCAAUCAAGAUGGAAAAGUCACCACUAGAGAAUUUAAAAUAAUGUUAAAUAAUUUAGGUAUAGACGUAAAGGAAACCAUAAUAGAACAACUAAUUAAAAGCGCUAGCCAUGCGGGUAAAGAAUUAAUUGACGAGAAUGAUUUUCUCAAGUUCGUCAAGCAAAUUCAAGAUUUGUUUCCGGUGAGGAAUAAUACGUCGGAAGACGAAGAACAAGACUUGUUGGCGGCGUUUAAAGUUUUCGAUUUGGACAAUGACGGUUACAUCACAAAAGACGAACUACGAAUAGCGAUGGAGAUGAUAGGAGAGGAGAUUUCGGAGGAUCAGCUAAACCAUAUUAUGGAAAUCGCCGACACUGACAAGGAUGGAAAAAUUAACUACAGAGAAUUUUCUCACCUUAUGACUGAAGGACACAAAUUAUAAAAAUAAAAGAUAAUGAAAACACAGUGAGACUUACCAGUCCAUAUUCGUUUUUAUUGUCAACUAAUGGGCUGAAGGCUGAUAUAUAUAUUUUUAUUUCUCCUUGAUACAUGUUGAUAUUCUAUAUAAAUUGCAUUUUGACAAAUAGAAGAAAAAAAGGUUCUAUAGAGUAUUAUUAAACAAAUUAUUAUAAGUACUUUAAUAAUAAAAUUUAUUUUUUAAUUUAUCUACACUAUGUUUUUCUCCCAAUUUUAAUGAUUGAGAAGGAUUUAAAUAUUUUAGCAUUGUACAUAAGCUUUAGAGCUAUAAUUAGUUUUAUAAAUGUAAAUAAAAUAAAAUAAAUACUUGUAACUUUA